AUGAUCUCCUUGCAUCAUCAUCAUGUUCUUUAUUUUGUAUCUAUUGUAACGAUUGUCACUUCUUUUUCGCCUGAUCAAUCUUCCUUCGAUGCCUAUGGUCUCAAGCUCGCUGCUAAUGAUAUACUUCUCGUUGAAGCAUUUGCUUCUCAAGACUCAUUUUUACUUCGUCUUGCUCCCUUCAAUCACUCGCUCACUUGUACACUUGACUACAACGAUUCAGGUCAAUAUGUCUAUGCAGUAGCACUCGCUCGACAAAUGCAAGUUAACGAUACCAUUCGAUUCGCCUUCAUCGGCGUGAACAGAAGAACAAAUGUUCCAUUCAUUGGUUCAUUGAAUUAUGCAGGAACUAGUGGAGCUGCAAUGAUAUCGACACAAAAAAGUAACUUCUCAUGCAGUGCAUGGAACACAAAUAAUUAUAAAAUACAUAGUUUCAAUGAAUUUUUGUAUGAAGAAAACGAUUCAAAUGGUAAUAUGGAUUUCUUCGUUGUCGCUGUCGAGUAA